AUGAAGCAGGUAUCAGCAGAAAUUACCAGCAGUUCCUUGCCCCAGCCCGGGGCGCGAGAUCGGGGCCGGGACUCACCGAACCCGAUUGAUGUGCAGCUGUAUAUUUUGUCAUUUCUUUCACCCCAUGAUCUAUGUCAGUUGGGGAGUACAAGUCAUUAUUGGAAUGAAAUUGUACGAGAUCCAAUUCUGUGGAGAUAUUUUCUGUUGCGGGAUCUUCCUUCUUGGUCCUCUGUGGACUGGAAGUCUCUCCCAGAUCUAGAAAUCUUGAAAAAGCCCAUAUCUGAGGUUGCUGAUGGUACACUUUUUGAUUACAUGGCAGUUUAUAAAAUGUGCUGCCCGUAUACAAGAAGAGCCUCCAAAUCCAGCCGUCCUAUGUAUGGAGCUGUCACCUCUUUUUUACACUCAUUGAUCAUUCAGAAUGAACCUCGAUUUGCUAUGUUUGGACCAGGUUUAGAAGAACUGAAUACAUCCUUGGUGUUGAGUUUAAUGUCUUCAGAGGAACUCUCUCCAACUGUUGGCUCGCCUCAAAGGCAGAUUGAUGGUAUUGGAUCAGGAGUCAGUUUUCAGCCAAGUAACCAACAUAAAUUCAACAUCCUGAUACUUUACUCCACCACAAGAAAGGAAAGAGACAGAGCAAGGGAAGAACAUACAAGUGCAGUGAACAAGAUGUUCAGCCUACAGAGGGAAGGCAAUGACCAACAAGGAAGCCGGUACAGUGUAAUCCCACAAAUUCAGAAGGUGUGUGAAGUUGUCGAUGGAUUCAUUUAUGUUGCAAAUGCUGAAGCACAAACAAGGCAUGAAUGGGAAGAUGAAUUUUCUCGUAUCAUGGCAAUGACAGAUCCAGCUUUCGGGUCUUCAGAGAGACCAAUGCUAGUUUUAUCUUGUAUUUCACAAUCAGAUGUGAAAAGAGUGCCCUGUUUUUAUUUGGCCCAUGAGCUGCAUCUUAAUCUUCUGAACCACCCAUGGAUGGUCCAGGAUAUAGAGGCCGAAACUCUUACUGGUUUUUUGACUGGCAUUGAAUGGAUUCUUGAAGAAGUAGAAUCUAAGCAUCCAAGAUGAUCUUCAUUUUGGACUGUGGAAAGUGAAACCAUUUGAAAUUUGUUACCAAAGUCAUGAUGUGUAUGUUUUCUCAAUCAGAUUUUAUCCUGCCUUUUUGUAGGUGGGCUUUUUAUUGGACAGUUAUAGCUGCUAUGGUUUUGAUAUUAUUUUUAAUUUUACCUUAAAUCAAUUACAGGAAAAAAGUUUUGAACCUCUCCCGCCCCUGCCCCCAGCUCCCAAAUGAACCUUUAAUUUUUUGAUAAUUUUAUAUUUUCUGUCUUUCUAAAAAUAUUAAAU